CAGAAGCUAUAUAUUCACACAGAGCUGUGAAGAUGGCGUGUGUUGUGAGAUACAGUUUUCUAUUGAUCAGUAUCUGUUUAAGAAGCACCACAUGGGCAGAUGCAAUGGUGCAAGUUACAACUUUAACCGGAGCUGUUGGUAAUGAGAUCAUCAUCCAGUGCGCUAUUGAUAAAACCCCUCAAGAUGGGGUGUACAUGUACAAACAAGUAGCAAGUAAAAAUAAGCAGGAAGUCUUCUACUAUUACAAAGACAACACUUUUACCCCUAAAUCAACAAUGUAUAAAUCCAAAGUCCAUGUAGAUGGAAAAAUUCCCAACAUUAAUGCCACCUUCUCAAAUGUAAAUACCACAGACAUUGGGCUUUACUGGUGUGAAUUUAAUUUGGAAGAUAAAAUUACAGUUAGCCCGGUCACAUGGUUAUGGAUAGUGGAAAAAAAAUACAACGACACAGGAGAAAGAAAAAGAGAAGAAGAAGAAAAAGAAAAAGAAAAAGAAGAUAAAAAGUGCCCAGAAGAUCCUCGUGUGAAGAUUGUUCUCAUUGUGUGUGCUGUAAUGUUGCUACUGUGCAUCCCUGGUUUCAUCUUUGUGAUUCUGAAGCUGAAGGGGUGUUGGGGGAACAAGAAAUACAGACCAUCAAAUCAACCCUCAGACUCAGUUUAUGAAGAGAUGAAACGGAGCAAUUUGGACUGCCCGCCCAGUGUACGGACAUUCAUCAACCCUGACUAUCAAUCCACCAAGCUACUUCGCUAAAUACCUGUGAUAUAGAGUUUAAGUUGUAUAACUCUCUAUUUGGAUUGGCAAAGCUUUUAAAUGAUUUAUUGCUUUGUAUUUGAGUUUAUCAUUUUC